UCAUAUUGCAGGAUAACGUGCUCCUCUUCAUGUGUCUCACUUCAUCCCCGACUUGUUUUCGUGAUGACUUUUCCCUUCCACUAAAAUUGCAGUACCUUUCAAAUACCUAAGAAUGAAUGAAUACCGAUCGAGAUGACAAGUUGAAUCAAUGAAGACGCAGAUCAUGGGGGGCCCCAAUAUGAAGAAUUUCGAACGCAAGUUCGGCAUUCUUCGUCGUCGGCUGGACGACAUGGGGUACCGUCAGAUGCUCCCUAUGGAAGCGGUUCCCUUGGUUGAACGGUUGCUCAAUGAUUUCAUGCAAACCACGGAGAGUUACAUGCGCUGUAAAGACAAAGCUGACGAGAAUGAGAAAACCAAAUGCAUGUUGGAGGCUAGUGUCGAACCUUACCGAGAAGAAAACGGUAAACUUUCGCAAGAGAAUGCCCGUCUUCACAAGCGUAUGUUGAGACUGGAAGAGAAACAUCACGAAGAGGAACUAGAUGCUAAAUUGGAGUUGCGGAAGCUGCGAAAACGCUUUGAUGAGAUGAGAUUCAUGGUGGAGAGCUACGAAAGUCACAUGAGGGAUAUGGAAGCAACUGAGCGAGGUUUACGCGAGGAAAUAUCAAAGUACACUUCAAAAAAGGCCAGAUUAUCAGACAUGCAAAAUAUUGAUCUGCCAAUAACUUUGGAACCUCAGCCCAUCAAGGAGCGUCGAGAACCUGUGGUACAGGAUCCUUAUCUCGUGGAUUUGGUGAAGGUUUAUGAUGCGCGAAUAGCGCAGCUAGAAUCUCGCAUUACUGAAGAUGAAGCUUUGCGUAAAAAGCUUGAGACGGAGUUGGAAUCAGCGAAGUGCAAAGUAGCUGCCCGAGAGAAGGAAAUAGAUCGUCUUGAAGAGAUCUUACGCCAUGGCAUCAACUUCGAUGAUAUGUCUGCGAAGGCAAGUGAAAAGGAGAAGAACCUCAUGGCUCGUCAAAUGUCCUUACAGGUGGAAUACCUCGAAAAAACAGUGAUCGACUUGGAGAAACGACUCGAAGUGGUCAAGUCCUUCAAUGCUUCAGGAGGGGUUUCGGAACAUGUCGCGUCCUUCGUGUUCCCUCAUACUCGGCUGAUGGUGUGCGAUGAGUUAGUGUGA